AUGGCCUCCCCCCAAGAGGCAGAAGCUGCGCCUGCGCCUGCACCUGCUGCAUCUACCCCCAAACCCGUGGAGCUAGAUGGUAAGCAAUACGAGCCUGUCAAGGAAGGACUAGCCUAUAUCCUCAAACCAGUCGACACACAUGAUAGCGCGAAACCAGCACCGAAACCCCGCGGUAGCGGCAUGGAGCAACAAGAGUCUGUCUUUUAUAACCCUAUUCAGCAAUUCAAUCGCGAUCUGAGCGUUCUCGCUAUUAAAGUUUUUUCGGAACAUUUUGUGGCGGUGGCUCGAGAUCAGGCAGCUAUUACCAGGUCGCGACGGAGCAGGAAGAAGAACGAGAAGAAAAGGAAGAGGGAAGAGGAGAAUGACGGCGGAAAUGAAAGGGAGGUGCCCAAGAAACAUGAAGGGGAAGGCCAGGCGGUAGAUGCAGACGCCACUGCUGUUCUCCCGGCGUCGAAUACGGGUACUACUAUGAAUACGGAUAAUCAGACAAAUGGCGAGACCAGGCCGGUCAGCUUUAAGAUACUCGAUGCUCUAUCGGCGACGGGUCUGAGGGCAUUGCGAUAUGCGAAAGAAGUUCCAGCUGCAACACGGAUUGUCUCAAAUGACUUGUCCGCGACCGCCAUCGAAGCUAUUAAACUCAAUAUCAAAUACAACGAUGUGGAGAGCAUUGUCCGGCCCAAUGUCGGUGAUGCGCGUGCCUACCUAUAUAGUCUUCAGGGAGAAGAGAAGAAGCCUCAUGACGAGGAGAAAAUCGGAAGGUUCGAUGUCAUUGAUCUCGACCCUUAUGGAACUGCGGCCCCUUUCCUUGACGCCGCCAUCCAAGGGCUGAGUAAUGGCGGUCUCCUAUGUGUGACUUGCACUGACGCAGGUGUCUUCGCGUCGACUGGAUAUCUCGAGAAGGCGUAUUCCUUGUAUGGGGGUAUAUCUGUGCGGUUGCCGCAUGGUCAUGAAGUUGGACUGCGUCUAAUUAUCAAUGCGAUUGCGACCACAGCCGCAACAUAUGGCUUGUCGGUUGAGCCUCUACUCUCCCUUUCCAUCGAUUACUAUGUGCGAGUCUUCGUUCGAGUUUACAAGUCACCGGCCGAGGUGAAAUUCUUGUCUGGCAAUACAAUGCUUGUCUACAACUGUGACACCGGUUGCGGUGCUUGGACAACACAAUACUUAUCUCACACCAAACUACGACCAAACAAGAGCGGUGGCUCAUUCUACUAUUAUUCUCUAGCCCAGGCGCCGACAUCAUCACCACUGUGCAAACACUGCGGAUUCAAAACUCACCUUGGCGGUCCUAUGUGGGGAGGCCCUCUCCAUAAUCCUCACUUUAUAAACAAAAUCUUGAACUUGUUGCCCGAGUUGGAUCCAGAGACAUAUCAAACUCUCGACCGGAUCGAAGGCAUGCUAAUGACCGCCCUAGAGGAGGAUCUGGAUCUUAGUGACCCCUUUCAUUCUUCAGAGGCUGCACAAAAGGAAAAACAAGCAGAAUCAUCCCCCUUAAUCCCCCGACUCCCACCACAUCAACAAGAAAAAUACCCAUUCUUCGUCCAACUCAGCUCGCUAUCCAAGGUCCUCCACGCCCAAACCAUACCCUUGAACUCCUUCCGCGGUGCUCUGCACGGCCUCGGCUACCGCACAACCCGCAGCCACACAAAACCCAACAGCGUGCGCACCGACGCUCCAUGGGACGUCAUUUGGGAGGUUAUGCGGGAAUGGGUCCGCCAGAAGGCCCCGAUCAAAGAAGGCACGCUGAAGCCUGGUACGCCCGGUGCCGGCAUUAUGAAGAAGGACAGAUCGAAAUAUGAAGCUACCAACGCCCUGUCGGCACUGCGAAGGGAGAUUAGCGAGGCGCUUGAGACGGGCACGGAUAUGAUUGAUCUUUCGACCAAGGUUGAGGCUGCUUUGUAUCGUAAGGGAUCUGCUGCUUUGGCCCCUACUGCUGCUCCUGACUCAUCCGCGUCUAAAAAGGAUGAAGAAGAGAAGCCGCACCCAAGCACACUUAAUAUAGUCUUUGACGAAUCUCUUGGUCGAGAUUUCUCGACUACUGCUGCGUCGUCGUCUCGGAGGGUGGCUAGAUAUCCAAUGAAUCCCGGAGAAAAUUGGGGUCCUAUGAGUCGUGCGUUUGGGCAUUGA